AUGGCUGAUUUACUUGAUGACCUGAAUAAAAAAAUCAACAAAAUGAAUAUUACAAGAUGGAAUAGUGAAUAUAUGCUUAUAAAAUCUAUUUUAUCAAUUGGAAAAAAAGAUUUGGAAUCGAUCACUAAAAUAAUGGAUAGUCCAAUAAAAUUCUCGAGCAAUGAUUUUGUAAUUCUAGAAGAAAUUAUUGAUGUCCUAGAACCUUUUUCCGAAAUCUCUAUUAAGUGUGAAGCAGAAACGAUUGUUACUGUAAGCUUGGUCGUGCCGGCAAUUGUACAUUUAAUAACUCAUUUACGUGAUGUUAAAGAAAAUCUGUCAUAUUGUAGUAAACUUGUUGAACAACUUCAAUUGUCAAUUGAAAAACGUUUUAUUGGUAUUAUUAAUCGAUUAAAUCAAGUCAAUGUUCAAGAAAAUGAUCCUUUUAAUGAUUCCUUAUAUUUUAUGGCAGCUGUACUAGAUCCUUCAUUCAAAUUUUAUUGGAUUCGUGACUUGAAAUUUACUGUUAAUGUUGAAAACCGAUUGAAACAAAAUAUAAUUCAACUCAUUCUUGAUGAAAUUAGCAAAGAUUUCUCAACAUCCACACAAUUCUCAGAUCAAAAUAGUUCAUCAUCAACAACAACGUUGCCUUUACAUUCGACACCCAGAACCAAAAGAAGAAAGUUGUUUAAUUAUAGUGAUAAUAAUGAUGAUCCAAAUCAUACAACAGAAUUGAAUCCUGCUACUGAAUUAGAAGCUUAUUUAAAUGAUCCUGUAAGAUACAAAUUCUCCGAAUAUUGGUUUCAUUCUCGAAUGAGUCUCCUGAAAAAAUUAGUUAUGCGCAUUUUUUCUGUUCAAGCUUCAUCUGCACCAAUUGAACGAGUGUUUUCUCCAGCUGGUCUGAUUUUGUCAUCGCGAAGAACAAAUAUGAGUGAACAAUUGUUUAAAGACUUAGUAUUCUUAAAAGUUAAUCAAAGUUUAUUAUAA